AUGCAAUUCUUUAAAUCUAUUUCCGUCUUGGCAUUAGCUGCUCAAUCCUUGGCAGGUUUAAGUCAAUAUCAAUUUUUCGCAAAAGCCGGUUACGAUGUUUUAGAUGGACGUGGUUUGUACUACAUUCAUGAAGGUGCUGCUAUCAACUACUACUUUGUUUCAAACAGUACUGAUUCUUCUUCAGCUUCUGUUGUUACUUAUGAUGAUGAAGCACAAGAGUUUUACUACCAAGUUAAUCCUCAAAUCAAAUUUGUCUUGACACAACAGGGUGGUGUUUUGCAAUUGAGUGCUGGUGAGCCAUUGAAGACUACAAUUUGUGAAGACGGUACUAUUUCUUUCAAUGGUAGUGAAUACUUGAGUGCCGUUAAGGACAUCAAUGACCCAUAUGGAUACUCCAAGGAUAGUUUUGCCGUUACUGUUAAGGAUGACCAUGGUGGUAUCCCAAUCAGCAUUGAAGCUAGAAAAUAUGAAUCAUCUUAA